GUCGAAACCUUUUUUUUUUUAACAAACAAACAAACAAACAAACAAACAAACAGAAUCUCCAGUUGGAAGAAGCCACCCAGGAUCAUGAGGACCGUCUACGGGGCGCUGGAGAGAGGAUGUGGGAACCGACAAGGUCAGCUUCCAAUAGACAACUGGAAACGGACUGUCACGUGACCUUGGGGUGCCAAUGUUCUUCCAUAGGGGUGUCAAGACCCUGGUAGUCAGUAAAAAUAUUUUUGGGGAAGCCCAGAGAUGCAGAAAACAACAUACUACGACAGCUCAACGCUCUUUGGGGGCUACACCUACCAGGGGGCCAAUGGGUUUGGUUAUGAUGGUCCUCAACAGCCUUUCCAGCCUUCUUCUCACGUGGAGAAUGACUACCAGAGGUCUGCUUGCUCCCUGCAGUCUCUUGGCAACGCUGCCCCUCAUGCGAAAAGUAAAGACCUGAAUGGAAGCUGCAUGCGGCCAAGUUUGCCCCAGGAACAUCACCAGCCUCCACCUGUCUCACCACCCCCAAACUCUGUCACCAACAGCAACAGUAGCAACAGCAAUAACCAGUCCGGGAGCAGUAAAACUGCCCCCAGCAAAUCAAGUCUCAGUGCAAAUGCAAGUCUCACCAAACAGAUUUUCCCCUGGAUGAAAGAAUCGAGGCAAAACUCCAAACAGAAAAACAGCUCCCCUAGCACAGAAAGCUGCAGCGGCGAGAAAAGCCCUCCGGGAUCUUCCGCUUCCAAGCGAGCCCGCACGGCCUACACCAGCGCCCAGCUGGUGGAGCUGGAGAAGGAAUUCCACUUCAACCGCUACCUGUGCAGGCCCCGCAGGGUGGAGAUGGCCAACUUGCUCAACCUCAGCGAGAGGCAGAUCAAGAUCUGGUUCCAGAACCGGCGGAUGAAAUACAAAAAGGAUCAGAAGUCCAAGGGCAUGGGGUCCUCCUCCGGGGGGCCCUCCCCCACGGGCAGCCCCCCCCAGCCCAUGCAGUCCUCCGCCGGGUUUCUGAAUACCUUACACACCAUGCCUAGUAACUACGACGCCCCAUCUCCGCCUUCCUUCAAUAAGCCCCACCAGAAUGCCUAUGCCAUGUCGACUAACUACCAAAACCCCAUCAAAGGGUGCCCCUCGCAACAGAAGUACGCCAACACGGCGCCCGAGUACGACCCGCACGUGUUACAGGGUAACGGGGGCAGCUAUGGGACCCCCAGCAUGCAGGGCAGCCCCGUGUACGUGGGGGGCAACUAUGUGGAUUCUAUGCCCACCUCCGGCCCCUCCCUGUACGGCCUCAAUCACCUGCCGCACCACCAGUCUGCCAGCAUGGACUACAACGCAGCUCCGCAGAUGCCCCCCAGCCAGCACCACGGACCGUGCGAGACCCACCCCACCUACACAGACCUUUCCACGCACCACUCCUCUUCUCAGGGCAGAAUACAAGAGGCGCCGAAACUCACCCACCUGUGAUGGGGGUGGGAGGGCAGAGCAGACUCGUGGAGCUCUGACCCGGGGGAGGAGGGGGGAGCGAACCCGCUGUGGGAUCUGAUUCAGAAACAUUUGUGUUGAGCCCUUAAAGCGAUCGGUUUGGUGGGGCUUUUGUUCCCGGUUUUCUUAGGCGCCGCGUCUUUGGGCGGGGGUGGGGGGGGUGAUAACUCAGCCCUAUUUAUUUGCAAGCUACCGCCCGCGCUCUCCCCGGCUGUAGAGAUAGAGAUAGAUGCAUAGAUCUCCUGAUGCUUCAACACAAAUGCUUUUGAACCCACGCGGGGCAGUUUCCUCGACAUUUGAGGAGAGAGAGAGAAAUAUAUAUAUACAAAGCACCCCAAAAAACAACAGCAAACACCACCACCAACAGCAGAAAGCGCGGAGAAUUGCAAAUAAUCCUUGGACCUUGAAAAUGACAAGACCCAGUGGGUUCAAGUUGUCGACUCACCAGAUCUGUCCAUCUGGCCCAGCGACAACAGAGAUCCUUUUUCUCUUUUUGUUUCAAAUCUAAACCGAGCCACAGAAAACUACCCCCCUCUCGAUCCCCUCCCCGCAAAAAGUCUUGCUUUCUCCCUUCCAGUUUAACUCCUUAGAUGAAGGGCAUAUUUCUUUUGGGGGUUUCCUUCGCUUUUUGGGUUUUUUUUUUUUUUUUUUGCUGAGUAACCUUCUCCCUCCCACCACCACCACCACCACGAGCUGAAAAAUAUCCACACCUGCCAACCCUGGAGGACCCACUGUCUCUUCUCUUCCUGCUCGCCCACCCCCAGCCCAAGAGGCUGAGUCGAGAAGGGUCUGGGACAUCCAUUCUUCAUGCAAAGCUGCACCAUUUUGUCUCUCUACAGGGAAAGUUGGCAGGUCUGAAUAUAUAUAUUUUUUGCCCCCUCGCCUCUUGAGGCAGUGAAGUCGCCCUUCGAUGGCACCGGGGCUUUGUUUUUGUUUUUAAGGGUUCACGAACAAACCAACAACAAAGCAAUCUUAAGACUUGGAAGUCCUACAUGUUGUUCCUCCUCUUCUCUUGACUUAACGUGAAAACAGGGUAUAUUUGAACAAACGGUAUGUCCUCCAAACGAAGCAGAAGUGAAUGGAUCGCGAGUAUUUGCUAAUGCUUUCUUGUCUGGACAUCUUCGUUGCACUUAGAGUUUACAUUUGAAUGGGUAUAAAACAACUUUGAAGGCCGUCGCGUCCAACUCAGUCGUGACGUCUUUCAAUAGGUGUGUGUUCUGGUGAACAUUCAUAUAUAUUUAUUGGUUAUAGCCAGUUUAAAAUAUUUUCUUUUUUUGUAUUAUUUAUCCCCAACAUUAUGUAUUUAUAUGAGAAGAAAAGAAUCAAAUUGUACUUUUUUAGUAUUUACUUGUUAUAAAGGACAUUGUGUUUCCUUGUCAUUGUACAACAAGCUUAUUUUAGUUAUUGUAAUUUAGAAAGACCAGUAGUUUUAUGUUACCCUCGUACUUAUGAAUAAUGUAAUUAGUUCUACUGGAGGCAUGAGAGCAGAACCAGACUGUAAUUGUAUAGUCCUGAAUUAGAAGAACUCUAGAUGAUUACCCCUCCCAUCCCACUUCUCCUCUUUGGAGAUUUUGCUUUGUUCUUCUAGUAGUUAUUUUAUUUCCUUGCUUAAGGGUUGUCUGUUGAACAAUUCUUGAAUAAACUUUCUGUUAUCAAU